CCGAGGGCGGCCCUGCCGCCCAGGAGGGGAAGAGAGAGCAGUUCGGGAGCCGCUUCCUGAGCGAUCCGUCGCGUGUCUUCCACCACAAUGCCUGUUGAUUAUGAGGUUAAUGCCCAUAAAUACUGGAAUGACUUCUACAAAAUCCAUGAGAAUGGGUUUUUCAAGGAUAGACAUUGGCUUUUUACGGAAUUCCCGGAGCUGGCACCUAGCCAAAACCAAAAUCACUUGAAGGAUUUGCUCUUGGAGAACAAAAAGGAUGAAAUCUCGGACUGCCAGAACAGUAAGGAUGGACGGGGUUUAACAGUAGAAGAACCCAAAUGUUCUUCAACUGGCCUGGAACGUAAAACACAGACACCUCCUGAGGGGGAGACUGUCACUCAGAAAUUGAGUCACCUGCAAAUUGGUGCGGAUAGGCUGCCUGGAUCCUCAGCCACCUACCGAAUACUUGAGGUUGGUUGUGGUGUGGGAAACACAGUCUUUCCAAUUUUACAGACUAACAAUGACCCAGGCCUCUUUGUUUAUUGUUGUGAUUUUUCUUCCACAGCUGUAGAACUGGUCCAGACAAACCCAGAGUAUGACCCGGCUCGCUGUUUCGCCUUCGUUCACGAUCUCUGUGAUGAAGAUCAGCGGUACCCAGUGCCUGAGGACAGCGUCGAUGUCAUUGUUCUCAUAUUUGUUCUCUCAGCAAUUGUUCCAGACAAGAUGCAGAAGGCCAUAAACAGGCUGAGCCGGCUCCUGAAGCCCGGAGGGUUGAUGCUGCUGCGGGAUUACGGCCGGUACGACAUGGCGCAGCUUCGGUUUAAGAAAGGUCAGUGUCUGUCUGGGAAUUUCUAUGUAAGAGGUGACGGCACCAGAGUUUACUUCUUCACUCAAGAUGAGCUGGACACGCUUUUCACUAGCGCGGGCCUGGAGAAGGUGCAGAACCUGGCGGAUCGCCGACUGCAGGUGAACCGAGGGAAACAGCUGACAAUGUACCGAGUCUGGAUUCAGUGCAAAUACCGAAAGCCUCUUCCGCCCAGUCCCACCUGGGAGGCAGGGAGCCGCCUGCUCCUGACGUGACUCGGGCUCUUUGUGUUCGGGUUUCAUAAAAAGAACAUCUAUAAAUGGUGCAUUGUUAACGCUGGACAGUUCAAGGAUUCAAACGGGCCAGGCGUAUGGCCCACGCCCGUAAUCCCGGAGCUCCGCAGGCUGAGGCACGACGAUCCCUGGAAGUUCGAGGCGAGGCCGGGCUGCAUAGCAAGAUCCUGUCUCAAAAAGAAUUCAUACAAGGACUGGGGUGCAGCUCAGCCUAGCACAUGCGAGCCCCGAGGUUCUGACCCCAGAACAGCAAAGAGAAAAAUUUUAACCCUGAACCUAGGAAAAUGUACUUAUUAAAAAGAUAAACAGUUUUGUCUAAUUUGUGAAGCCCAUUGACAUUAUUGUAAACUUUCUCUUCUUCUGGCACUGGGAAUCAAACUCAGGACCUGUGCUUGCCGGGCAGGCGCGGCGUCUCUGAGCUGUAUCCCCGGCCCUGACGUAAACUUUUUGCAAGUUGUUUGAGUUCUCCGUCUUGUCAUUUUGUAACUGAAUGAAUUUUUUAAUAAAUGGAAUUUUAUACCUAGGAAUUUAAAAACAGACUUGUCAAGUGUUGGCGGUGCCCACCUGUAACCCUAACACCCUGGGCAGCUAAGUAAGGAGGAUCACAGGUUGCCCAGGCUAGGCAGCUUUACAACUUGGGAAGACCCUGGCUCAAAAUAAAUAAAUACAGAAAAAGGGCGAGGACAUAGUUCAGUACAAGGGCCUCGGGUUUAGUCCCCAGUACCAUAAAAAAAAAAAGAAAAAAGGGCCAGCCUGUGCUUAGUGUGUGCGAGGCACUGGAGUUUCAUCUCUAGCGCACAAAAAGAUUUAUUCUGGGUGAGGUUGUUAGGUACAAGUGUCCCUUUGCUAUUAAGUUUCAUUAAAUUAUUUUCAAAAUCCA